CCAGUUUCUCUCAUCUUGUUUCUUUCCUCUAUUCUUUCUCCACUGACACUCACCUUAUACCUUGAUCUAAUCUGUUGGUAUCUCAGCCUUGUUAGACCCUCUUUUAUUAUCCUGGUAGUAAGCGUCUGUUCUCAGAGGCAUAGACACGUCAUGUCGGAACCGAAGGUUAGGAGGCAAAACCACUCUUGCGACCAUUGCAGGAAGUCUAAGAAGGCCUGCGAUGGGUAUAUUCGCAAUGAGAAGGCGGCAGUUUCACCUGAUGCAACGUCACCCACCUCUGGGUCGCAAAUAUAUGGAGGAUCGGAACCAGGACUCAAGUCCUGCUCCUACUGCAUCAGAACAAAGAAGGUAUGCAGCUUGAACCCACAGUGGGGAAAGACUCGAUCAAGGUCUCGAGUCAGUGAAACAGGUUCGAGCAUCACCAGCACCUCCAACGACAGUUCCCAGAGCAAGAGAAAGAGAAAUGAGUCUCCCGCCACCACUACUGCCCCUUCACUCAACGCAAAGUACUGCGACAUCACCGCAGCGAAUAUGCUGCAGAUGCUGCAAAAUUCUGCACCUGGCCAAGGUCUAUCCUGGAACAAUCCCUUCGUCAACACAAACGUCCCUUCCUUCCUAUCCAUGGACCCAACUCUCGAUGCUCAGAGCCUUGCGAUGAGCUUCUCAAGCCCAGAGAGUGCUUCACAGACUGUCGCACAGGACGUUCUUGAUGACGCACUCCCAGAACUUACAAAGCAGACUUCACAUGCAGCAACCGACACCAUCGACAACUCGACAACCUAUUCUGGCUCACAAGACUUUGACAUCAAUAAUCUCUGGGACUUGGACUUCUCGGACAUCAACUCCGCGCCUCUAGACACGCUAUCAUCAACAGAAUCUCCAGCAAAUGGACAAAACGCCGUUCAGAUAAAGCGAAGAGCCCGUCUACCCUCCAAUGACUGGUCUGGAUAUCCCAACUUCUCACCCUCGCCAUUCACUAGCGACUCUAUCAUCAUGCAGACCUCCAAUCGAUAUAUGAUCACCGAGAGUCUUCUUCAGAUAUAUCAUGACGUUCUGGAGAAUAACCUUGCUUGCUGGCUAGCUGAGGAGAAUUGCCCGUACAAGCUGCAAGUUGUCACGCGGGCUACUCCAGCGCCUGAACCCAACUCCGAUGCGCCCCCAGGGCCGUCCCGUCAGAACCCGAACCUUCCUCCUGAAUGGGGCGCUGCUUGGUCAAAUAGGAUGUAUCGUCGCGUCGUGGAACUAGAUCGAGCUGCUCAAUCAGCGAGGUUGAUCAACCUCACGCGGUCUGAGAGUCAAGCGGCGUCACGAGUAUUAGACCUCGUCAUUAUGGCUUUCACAACACAAUGGGCCCAAGGCAACCGCCGACAAGAAAGAUUCUCAAUGUCAACGAGCGACUUUGCCACGGAAGCAGACGACUUAGCUGAUGCUCUGAAUCAAGAGUUUGAAGAGAGUUUACAGCAAUCGGUAUGGGAGCAAGCAAAGAGAGCACUACAAGAUGUUGUUGACGUUGAGUCAUAUCGUGUCAUCUACGCUGAACUCAUCUUUGGUCUUACGCAAAAGCCUUGGGCUAGCGAUGACUACCAACAGAAGUCCUUUGGAUCCAAGACGACGAAAAGUGGCAAAGGCAUUAAAGAGAACGCGAUGCCAGAGAUUAUUGAGAUCAUGUCGCAGGAGGGACCUCAUAUAUACCUUGAGCGGGCAACGAGGAAGAUUCACGCACUCAAGUUCAGGUUUGAAGCUAGUGAAUCUGGCUUCAUGGAGACGAGUAAAAAGCACGCCCUUCGAAGAUUGACAGAGGAGAAUAGACGCACCAUUGGGCUGCUUUACUGGCUUGCUGUCAUGUUUGAUACAGUCUCUUCAUCAAUGAAUGAACGGCCAGUCGCACUAGCUGAUGAGGAUUGCCAGCAUGAAGAUGCAGACCAAAUACUCGCAGACAGUAUGAGAGCUGCUCAGAAGAGCCGAAGAGGAAGUCAACGAUGGGAAAUGGAAUUGUUCAUCCAAGAUGAUGCGACGAAACCAACAGUCGGAACAAGGUGGCCCUGCUCAUAUGACGAUGCGAUGCAAAUGGUUGCCAAGUCAGCACCCGUCAAGAUAUUAAUCUAUCGUCAUCUAUCAUAUCUUCAAAAUGCUUUGCGAAAACGAGAGUGUCCCCAAGCAAUCGAGGAGAUCAUCCAACAGACGACUUUACUAUACCGAUACUGGAACAUGACGCAUGGGGCCUUCUUCCGGGAUCUGAUACGACACUACGAUACAGUUCCACCACGGAUUAGAAGCUGGUUCUUCUGCAUCGCAGUACCAUGGCAUCUCGGCGCAUUGAUGCUCGCCGACGUACUGGAGUUCAUAGACAAGAACGGCUACGGCCUCGAUCAAGCCCGUCAAAAGCGACUUAGCGGUAAUGUCGCAGCACGCAUCCGAAAGGCCAGCGCCAUCGAACUCGCCGACUUGGCACAAGUAACAACACCAAGAUUGUUCCAAGAAGCCGGUAUAAACGCAGCACAGCUCCCAGAUUAUCACUUCGCCGUUAGCGAGGGACCACUGUUGACAGAACCUUGGACUGUUAUCCUUAUCAGAGGAUUUACGAAAGCGUGUUUGUUUCAUUUGGACAUGGCGGAUGACUUUCAGCAGCAUGAGGGGGAUCUGUUGGGGCAUGAUAGUGAGGAUUUUCAGGAUAGUUUGAGACGGGCGGAGUAUUGUAUUAGAGCGCUUUGGUGUCUGGGGAAGAAAUCGGAGAUGUCGAGGAAUAUUACUAAGGUGUUGGUUGGGGCUUUGCAGGAGCUGCAGAUAUGAUUGUUUAUGCAUUGUUUGUUAGGAUAGUACGUACAGCGAUCAUAUUACUAUGUUCUGUGUAUUGCCAGAAAGCCUUUGUGAAUUAAUUAAGGUAUGGCGUAUAAGUCUCAAUUGAGUAGUAAUAGCAGAAAAGUUAGGAUUUUGGAUACAACAUUUACAUUUGUAUGGGUAUUACAGUAUUAAUUUAGUCAGCUUUUCAGGUAGCAUAUUUUCACGUCCUGAUUCAGAGCCUCAAUUCUUCUGUCACGCCAGGAUGCUGACCUCUAGAACUACUAGAGUUAGUACUAGAAUAGAUGUGACAAGUCGUGUUCGGAGCGGCUGAAUAAUGUGUUGUGCCAACGAAGGACAAGCCCCAAGGCAAACUUAGGUGAGGUAGUCCAUCUGAUUGGUAGUAAUUGGUUGAAACAUCCCGGGAUAUGCAUGAGCUGAGGACUGGGUUG